AUGUCCCAGCCGGCGGAGAGGAUGCACUGCCGGAAGGCGGGGAUCCGCGCCGCCGUGGUGCUCAUCGGACUCCUGCACAAAUCCCGCAAACAGAACAAGGAGAAAAGGAAACAGGAGCUGGCCAACAGCUCAGAUGUGACCCUCCCAGACCGGCCGCUGUCGCCGCCUCUCACAGCACCUCCCACCAUGAAGUCCGCUGAGUUCUUCGAGAUGCUGGAAAAAAUGCAGGGAAUCAAGCUUGAAGAGCAGAAGCCGGGACCCCAGAAGAACAAGGAUGACUAUAUCCCGUACCCGAGCAUUGACGAGGUUGUGGAGAAGGGAGGCCCGUACCCGCUCAUCAUCCUGCCCCAGUUUGGGGGCUACUGGAUUGAGGACCCAGAGAAUGUGGGCACCCCGACGUCCCUGGGCAGCAGCAGCACCUGUGAAGAGGACGAGGAGGACGGCCUCAGCCCCAACACGUUCGGCUACAAGCUGGAGUGCAAGGGUGAAGCCAGAGCCUACCGCAGGCACUUCCUGGGGAAGGAUCACCUGAACUUCUACUGCACAGGCAGCAGCCUGGGGAACUUGAUCCUGUCCAUCAAGUGCGAGGAGACGGAGGGCAUUGAGUACCUUCGGAUCAUUCUCAGGUCCAAGCUGAAGACAGUGCAUGAGCGAAUCCCCUUGGCUGGACUGAGCAAGCUGCCCAGCGUCCCUCAGAUCGCGAAGGCCUUCUGUGAUGACGCAGUGGGGCUGAAAUUCAACCCUGUCCUGUACCCCAAGGCCUCCCAGAUGAUCGUGUCCUACGACGAGCACGAUGUCAACAACACCUUCAAAUUCGGGGUCAUUUAUCAGAAAGCCAGGCAGACCCUGGAGGAGGAGCUCUUUGGGAACAACGAGGAGAGCCCAGCUUUCAAGGAGUUCCUGGACCUGCUGGGGGACACGAUCACACUGCAGGACUUCAAAGGUUUCCGUGGAGGCCUGGACGUGACACAUGGGCAGACUGGGGUGGAAUCCGUGUACACAACGUUCCGGGACAGGGAGAUCAUGUUUCACGUCUCCACAAAGCUGCCAUUCACCGAGGGAGACACCCAGCAGCUUCAGAGAAAGAGACACAUCGGCAAUGACAUCGUGGCCAUCAUCUUCCAAGAGGAAAACACUCCGUUUGUCCCGGACAUGAUCGCCUCCAACUUCUUACACGCCUACAUUGUCGUGCAGGCGGAGGCCCCGGGCACAGAGACCCCAUCCUACAAGGUCUCUGUCACCGCCCGGGAAGACGUGCCCGCCUUCGGCCCACCCCUGCCCAGCCCCCCUGUGUUCCAGAAGGGCCCGGAGUUCAGGGAGUUUCUGCUGACCAAGCUCACAAACGCAGAGAACGCUUGCUGCAAGUCGGACAAGUUUGCCAAGCUGGAGGACCGGACGAGGGCCGCCCUGCUGGACAACCUCCAUGAUGAGCUCCACAUCCACACGCAGGCCAUGCUGGGGCUGGGCCCCGAGGAGGACAAGUUUGAGAAUGGGGGCCAUGGCGGGUUCCUGGAGUCUUUUAAGAGGGCCAUCCGCGUGCGCAGCCACUCCAUGGAGACCGUGGUGGGCAGCCAGAGGAAGCUGCAUGGCGGGGGAAUCCCUGGCAGCCUCAGCGGGGGCAUCGCCCACAACAACAUGGAGGUCACCAAGACCACCUUCUCGCCUCCGGUGAUGGCGGCAACGGCGAAGAACCAGUCGCGGAGCCCCAUCAAGCGACGGUCCGGGCUCUUCCCCCGCCUGCACACAGGCUCCGAGGGCCCGGCGGACGGCCGGACACGAUGUGAUAGCGCGUCCAGCACCCCCAAGACCCCGGAUGGUGGCCACUCUUCUCAGGAGAUCAAGUCUGAGACCUCAUCCAACCCCAGCUCUCCGGAAAUCUGCCCCAACAAAGAGAAGCCCUUCGUCAAGUUGAAGGAGAACGGCCGGGCCAGCAUCUCCCGCUCCUCCUCCAGCACCAGCAGCUUUAGCAGCGCAGCGGGCGAGGGCGAGGCCGUGGAGGAGUGUGACAGCGGGAGCAGCCAGCCGUCCACAGCCUCGCCUUUCAAGCAGGAGGUGUUUGUCUACAGCCCGUCCCCGAGCAGCGAGAGCCCCAGCCUGGGCGCCACUGCCACCCCCAUCAUCAUGAGCCGGAGUCCCACAGAUGCCAAAAGCAGAAACUCCCCGAGAUCUAACCUGAAAUUCCGCUUCGAUAAGCUCAGCCACGCCAGCUCCAGUGCGGGUCACUGAUGUGAAAGAGGAGGCCUUCGCCUGUCCAAGGGAAGCCCGGAUCGUAUCCCAGAGAAGGCUCCGAUUCCAGCAGUUUUGGGGGUGCCGUCCACUACCCUGACUGUCACAGGCCUGCUGCCCCACUGGCUGCCUGGCCACCAGACCAGCCGUCAGUCCCAGUGUCCCCACCCGGCCACAGCCUUGCCGGUCCCUUCGCCAGCACACCUUGCAAGCUCCUUCCCGUCUCCGGACAAGGCCCCCUAAUCCUGACCUCCCAGUGUGAUGUCCGUCUGGGUCAUUCGUCAUCUUGUUCUGUCUGCAGAGGAAAAGAGAAGUAGGCAAAGUGGGGCUGGGGGUCCCAGGGGCUCAUCCAGAGGCCGGGGAGCCCAUCUGUGCCAGAGGCGGAGAGUGCGGUGAGGUGGGGAGCAGCGGCCAUCAGCAGACUCGAGCGCCCCGGUGCGGGCCCCUGUCUGCUGGCCCAGGGCGAUGCCUGUCUCCAUGUGGGAGGCAGGGGCUUUGCCACUGUGGAUGCACUUUGUGGAAGUGGAGGGGCCGCUCUUCCAGGAGCCAGGAUUCAGAGCAUCCAAGGCUGUCCUGCUAACAGGGAGCUCUGUUGCUCAUGUAUCUCUGGAGUUCUAGAGCAUUUGUCUGCCUCUGGGCUAAGGGCUUGUUCCUCAUGUGCAGGUGCAGGUGCAGGUCAGUGUGACCUUGAGCUGGGCUUGGGGGGUGGAAGCUUGGGGGCGGAGCUGAGUGCAUCCAGGCCCAGGUGCACACAGGUUCUUGCCUGUGGGGAGAACUUGCAGUCGGGCCUGAUUUCAUGCAGCCCCUGGCCAUCUCUCCUGGUGGGCAGGUGUUUUCCUCAUGAACCGGUGGGAAGCCAGGAGCAAGAGGGAACUCAGGGAAAGCAAAGGAACCAGUGCCAGCGCUGGGGCGUUUGUUGGUUGAAGAGAAGCUCAGGGCCUGAGGGCUGGGCUGGGAUCCAGGUCUCUGCUGGCUGGAAGUUCAGGGAAGACACAGUUAUUUCAACCUGUGUCUCAGACGUGGCAGGUCUGGUCAGGACUGGGUGUGGGGUGGGAGCACAAUACCCCUCAGUAGUCUGUGUGCUUGGCGUCGGGGAGGGGGCCGCUGCCAGCUGCCAUGCCUGUCCAUCCCCACUCCAGCUGUGGGA